CAAGCGGAGCCAGUCCUGCACUGGCAGGCUUGUAGCCGAUCGAGAGGAACGCCAGAGCAGCGCAUAGGCUAUCGGUCCACAAUUCCGCCCAUCUUCAGAUUGCCAGAGGUACCAGACCCAGAGUAAAAUAGUCAGGUGAGGUGGAAUUGUAAUCUAAUGCAAUGCAGCCUAUACGUUUAUACCUGGCUUCCAUCUCUUGAGAGAGAGAAAGAGGGAGGGAGGGAGAGAGAGAAAGAGAGAGAGAGAGAGAGAGAGAGAGAGAGAGAGAGAGAGAGAGAGAGAGAGAGAGAGAGAGAGAGAGACUAUUAUGGUGAAUGGUGAAGACUUCUCUAUAGACUCGCUGGCAUUACUCACAAAAGCGUGCCUUUGUUGUAUGCGAAAGAGUGAACCGACGGACAACCAGUCACAGAAUCGACUAGCCCCUUUACAAAAGUGUGACUUCUCGGUUUCACCAUUGCUGAUCAAGUUUUGACCGGACUGUUCUGCAGCACAGGGACAACUCGGUAAAGCAGCAAGGGGGAAAGUGUUAUCAAUGGGGGAAUGACACCCCUGUCAUAUCCACUGCUACUGACCAUGACGCGAUGAAGCACAGUUGGAUGAGAACACCAAUGUUGUGACGGGUCGUCAAAAGCUUUUCAUAUUCCAACAAUUAACAAUUGUAGCCACGUCUGGACUAUAUCAGUGAGUAUAUUCCUUCAAUAGGAGAGGAUUCAGAACGAAACAGGGUCAUUCCUUGGACGAACAAUUAUUUUGCACAACGCCAUUUAGUUGGUAGAAGAAUUAGAGAUGGAAGUGGCGACCGACCAGUCUCGAUGGAUGGCACAUCACCACGCCGUGCUGAACGGUCAGCACCCGGAUUCGCACCACCAUGGUCUGACACAUAACUACAUGGAGCCCGUCGCACAACUGCUGCCACCGGAUGAGGUUGAUGUUUUCUUGAACCACCUGGAUUCUCAAGGGAAUCCAUACUACCCCAAUUCCCGGGCCAGAGUGUCCUACAGCCAGGCGCACGCGCGCCUAACUGGCAGUCAGGUCUGUCGACCACACCUAAUUCACAGUCCAGGCAUACCGUGGCUAGACAGCGGGAAGGCAGCCCUCUCGGCAGCUCACCACCACAACGCAUGGGCGGUCAGUCAUUUCAGCAAGCCCGGGCUGCACCCCGCCAGCUCCGGCUAUCCCUGUAACAGUAGCUCCAGCACUGCUCCUGUGUCUUCGCUCACCCCCGCGUCCCACUCCAGUCCGCACCACCUCUACAGCUUUCCGCCUACCCCUCCCAAAGACGUAUCCCCAGACCCCGGUGCCACCUCCCCGUCCUCAUCUUCUACGAGAAUGGACGAAAAAGAGUCCAUAAAGUACCAAAUCUCACUCGCAGACGGGAUGAAGAUGGAAGGUUGCAGUCCGCUCCGCAGCAGCCUUGCUUCAAUGAGCGCCCAGACCUCCACACACCACCCAAUCCCAACAUAUCCAGCCUACUCUAUCCCUGCGCCUCACGACUACAGCGGCAGCCUGUUUCACCCCAGCAGUCUGCUCCAUGGAUCGUCUUCCAGCUUCACUCCGAAGUGUAAAAACAAAACCAGGUCGUGUUCAGAGGGCCGGGAGUGUGUCAACUGCGGUGCUACGUCAACGCCAUUGUGGCGACGGGAUGGUACUGGACACUACCUUUGCAAUGCCUGCGGCCUGUACCACAAGAUGAAUGGUCAGAACCGACCACUUAUCAAGCCCAAGCGGAGACUGUCUGCUGCGAGACGAGCUGGCACCUGCUGUGCUAACUGUCAGACAAGCACGACCACUCUCUGGCGGCGCAACGGGAACGGCGACCCGGUCUGCAACGCCUGCGGGCUUUACUACAAACUGCACAACGUGAACCGGCCUCUGACUAUGAAGAAGGAAGGCAUUCAAACGCGCAAUCGCAAGAUGUCCAACAAGUCCAAGAAAAGCCGGAGAGGCGGGGAUGGCUUUGACGAGUUGUCCAGGUCCAUGCACGACAAGGCCUCGCCCUUCAGUGCAACGGCCCUGGCUGGACACAUGCCACACAUGGGCCACCUGCCACCCUUCAGCCAUUCUGGACACAUGUUGCCCACCCCAACCCCCAUCCACCCUUCCUUUGCCCAUCCACACCAUCCACUCAAACAGGUCACCUCCCUGGGCAGAGCCCCACUGACAUCCCACCCGCCCUGGCCCUCCUCCCUCCACACUCUCCUCCAACCUGCUGGAAGAUGUGUGGGAAGCAUUCGGGACCUUUCCUGUUUUUCACGUGGAAAAGUAUCAGGACUAUUUUGACCUCAGUUGAUUAAAAAAAUUAUGUAAAGGCAGAUUCAUGUCUGCCUACAUCAAGUGGACAAAGAAGAGGAUGAAACUAAAGAGCCAUUUUCAAUGUUAUGUUUUCCUGUCCUGCACAGAAUUGAGAGAGGGUGUUAAUCAAGACAAAUGUUUUGGGACUUUUUACACUCACCCUCCCCCAACAAGGAUGAUUUCUGGCAAAUCAGGUUCCAAAGCUGAAUCCCCCCCCACUAUGUUUUGUAAUUGGUAUCACCUUAGACUGGAGGAUGUGAGGCUGAUGCUGCCCAGGAUGACCUUGCGUGGGUGACCUUGCCCACUAAAUUACACUCCUUGGACCAGGACCUGCUGGGGUCACAUCUGUAGAAAUUGUGAAUAUUGCAAACACCAGGAAAGUCUGUCCAUAUCAUUUAAUAUAUACAUAUAUAUAUAUAUAUAUAUAUAUAUAUAUAUAUAUAUAUAUAUAUAUAUGCUGGAUUACUGAUCAUGGACAUUGCAUAUUUUUUAAAGGACCUUAUGAAAAGCAGAAGGCAAACGAAAAAGUUUAUAAACCUAACUUUAAAUGUUUAUUAUUCUUAUUGUUAUUAAGAUAAUUUAUUUUCACUGUUUUUAUAAUUUUCUUUCUCAAAACAAGUGUUGUUAUUCUAAUUUUAUUAUUACUAUUAAUUAAAUCAAACACUGAUUGUUUUGGCCAAGACGUCAUUCCUGAAUUGAAUGAAGAAUUUAAAGUUGAAGCUGACUGGUCAUUUUGUUUCUCAUAAAAUAAUAAAGUAAUUGAUUUAAUACA